UCCCGGUGCGUAGUCGCUGCGGGAAUCCCUCCCUGCUGGAAUCCUGAGUGAGAGCGCCAACGAGAGCGAGAACGUAACUCCGCAACUUCUCACGACGAGAGCUAAAAUAAACAAAACAAAUCAUGGAGUAGCUUCUUCAAGGGUUAACAUGCAAAGAGAUAUGAAUAUCGAGCGGAUGUUCCUAACAGUUGUGAAAGAGCUAUCAGAUGGAUUAAUUAAAGUGGCAAUUGGCAGUGUCAACAUCAGUCUUGAGGAUAAUGUGCAAUGUUUAAUUAAGGAUUUGAAAGUGUUAUCUGAAGAGCAUGGUUAUGAAGGACUUGUUCUGGUUGCCAGUUCAACAGAAGAGGAAAAUCAGCAGUGGUUACAAGUUGCAGUCUAUUCUGAGAAUGCUGAACUCUUUAACCAGAUUUGCUGUACUUUGGAAGAAAGUCCUAAUUCCUGUCUAGAACUGGAAGCAGCUGAGUGUUUGUUGGAUGGGUUUCAAGUAUAUAAGCAAAGGAAUUUUUGCAACUCCACUGAGGAAAUUCUUGCGCUCCUUAAAGAUUUUGUAGAGUCUAGACAAGCUUUCAUUAUUUCUAACAGCAGAACAUCUUCAACAGAGGCAGUAGCUGGCAGUGCACCACUUUCUCAAGGCUCAUCUGGAUUCACUGACAUGUACGGCUCUGAUGCUGAACCGCAGCUUAUGAAUUUUACUGAACAUUCUCAAGAUUUAAGUGAAGCUGUGCCUGACCUUACUGAAAUGAAUGUUGAAUUAGUCAGUCCUGACAGUGGCUUGGUGACAGUUAGAAGUAGUCGUUCUUCUAAAGAGAGCUCAGUGUUUCUGAGUGAUGAGAGUCCUGUUGCUGAAUCUAGUGGCUUUCAUCAUAAUUCAAUUCUUAGUCUCCUUUCUGUGAAUGCAGUGUCUGAAAAUGAAAGCAAAAAUGGGCAUAAUAACAUCCUAAACUUUGACCCACUGUAUGCAGGUAACCUUUCGCCCCUUCCAGAGGUUACUGAUUUGUCUUCAGAAAGUGACUUUUUGAUUUUUGAAGAAAGUAAGCCUUUGCAAGUAGGUGAUAUUAUAGCACAAGAGAGAGACUCUUCUCUUGAAGCAGGAUGCUUGGUUGAAUUAUAUGAUGAAUCUGUCAGUAAUUUAGUUAAUGAUGAUAAAUUUACAACUACCGAUACAUGUGACACACCUGGACCACAUUAUCCUGAAAAUUGUCCAGCAGACAGAUUUGACUCAAAGGUCCCUCCAACACCAGUGAAUAGCCUUGUUGAAAAUUCUCCUCUGGCUGAUGGAUUGCCAAGAUUUUUCCCUGAAGAUAUCAUUGAAAAAAUUAAUGAAAUGGACAGGUACAGUUACACUUCUGCUGAUGUAAAACAACUGGACAGCUGGAAUGAUUUUGAAGAACACAUUAGUCUUGUCACCUCAGAAAAUUCUAGCAUAUGGCAACAAAGUAAAGAGCAGUCUUUUCUUAAUCAUACUACUGAUAUUGCUGAUUGUAUGAAUGAAUUUGAUCGAAUAAAUCCAGGCGCAGAGAAAUUAUAUGAGCAGACCAACAUUCUGCAAGCAGAAGAUGUAGACCACAAAUCAUUCAGAAUAACUAUACCUCACCUCAUGCAACAAUGUUCAGAUCUUAGUAUGCCAGAGGCAUAUACUCAUGAGGAUAUAUCUGAUAAAACACCAACUAUGGAAAUGCCUUCAAUAUUAGGUGCAUUGGAACAAGCUUAUGGAAAAAAAGAAGAAAAUAAAGAAAUGCAAAAUCCUUUGGAAAAGUAUGAUGUAUAUCCUGAAGAAUCGUCAUUUUACCCAUUAUUAAAUAGCAAUACACCUCAGGAUCACUGGGAGAAGCCAGUAGAUUACAAUCCAAAAAAUAAUGUAUGUGAAAUGUUUGAUUUAGAUUUAUCUAGUCAUGAAAUAUAUAGUAGUUUUUGUUCAGAUGUGGAAAAAACAAGUAAAUAUGAACCUGACAUUACAAAAGAUGAAUUUGAUGAAGCUGAAAUCCCUACAGAAUGCAUUGGGUUAGUUAUCCAGGAUAAAGAACAAUCUGUAGCAUCUGCAUUUGAGCAAGGAAAUUUAAUAUGUGAUGAAAGAAUUGGUGAAAGUCAACUAAUUCAUGAGCUAAUGUAUUGUCACAUGCAACGUAACGCAUUAGAAAGUGAAGGUCCAGCAUCUUGCAAUGCUAUACCUAUUACCACAUUACUACAGACGGGAGGCUGUGAACAAAAUAAAGGAAAUGAUUCAGGUAUACAAGAUAAUAAGCAAGAUGUAUGUGAAGAAGAUAUUUCAAAAUUGUUGAAUGCGCCCCAUUUAUCAGGCCAGGAUAUUUGGAAUAAUAGAGUGUCGUUUGACAAAGAAAUGUCAGACAAUCAAAAAAAAUUCCUCUCAUUUGAAAGUAAUACACUGUCAGCAACUGGAGAAGGAAAGACAGUGCCAUCAUCAUUUGGUUUAUCUAACCAUGAAUAUAAGGAAAGUGGUACCUUUUCAGCUUUCAAGCAUCAUGAUGUUUCCCCACCUAACAAAGAAAAAUAUAUCAUGCAAGAAAAACCACUAACGUGGAAUCCUACAAACACUAAUGUUUGGAACUCUGUGUGCUCUUCUGACUUGUGGAACAUUGAUAAGCAGGGAAAGGAUUUUUGUCUGGAACUAAAAGGUCUCCCUUCACUUGAGGACAGUUUAAGUUCAAUAGAGGAGGAUGCUCCUCAGUCUAAAGAUUCCUCACCCUUCACAGAACAAUCAUGUGAACAAGACAGAUGGAGUAACUUCUGCCAAAAAAAUGUUGAGUCAACUAUUGUUUCGCCAUUGCAUGAUAGCCUAGGCAUGUGGAACACCACUAUACAGGAUGAUACCCAAUCUAGUGCCUCAAGUGUUGAGACUGGUGAAUCUUCUGAAUGUUCUGACAAAUGGAAUCCAUUUGUUAAAAGAAGUUCUUUAGCUAGCCCUUUGCAAAUGGUCCAAGAAGAUAUGGGCAUGUGGAAUACAACAAUAAAAGAUGACACACCAUCCAGUACAACUAGUCCUGAUGAAAAAAGCACCAGCGAAAAUCCUGAUUUGUGGACUACAUUCAAUCUGGAUUCAUUUCACAAUGAUUUAGAAAAUUUACGUGAUUGUCCAGCUGAAGCCAGCUUGGCAGCUGGUAAAAGUCCAAGCUUUUAUAAUGUUCAACCCCAAGAAAGUGUUAGUGUAGAAUUUUCCAAAGCUCACAAUGAUACAUUAGGGAGUCAAGACAAGAACUGGAGUGAUGUAGCACAAGAAACAUACCAGAGAACCUUAAAUGAUCCAGAGGGAGGUCUAAAGUUGUUAGAUACAACUAAUGACCUGACAUCAGAUAUAUGCAUUAACCAAAGUCUUGUAAAGCACAGAAAACAAUUGCAGAUGCAAACAGAAUCUAAAGAUACAGAGCAAGUAUUGCAUGUGAGAGAAACAGAUGUUUUCAAAGAAUUUGAAAGUACAUCCAUUCACAACUCCUGUACAAAUUAUGAGACUAGUUUUAAAAAUAUUGAAGCAAAUAACAUUGCUCAAAAUCAAAUCAGUGGACAUACAGAAUUAAACAUUUCUUUUGAGGUGAAACUGGAAUUUAGUUGUGAUCAGUCAAGUAUGCAUAGACUUGAAUUCACAAAAGAGGCAACUGACCUUUCACUCUUGGAAUCCACACCUUUGGAUGAAUGCAUUACAAUGGAUGCUUCUGAAGAAAAUACUGCUGCAGAAACUGGUGAGGUAAGCUGUGCUAGGGAACCAGAUCUAAUCAAUUCACAAGUACACCUAAUGUCAUUAGAUCCAGAUAUUUGCACAAAUUCAGCACUUACCAGCACAUUUACAAAGCAUGACCAUAAAAAUCCUGAUAUAAUAAAUGAGUGUAGUUCAGAUAAAAAUUCUGAAACCUCUCAAAGCCCUGAUCUAUGUCCAGAAUCCUUUACUGAGUAUCAAACAUCGGACAUCUUGGAUGGAGAGCCUAAACGUGUUUAUGAUGACGAAGAAACAGAAUUAGAUGCAAAAUGUGAUGUCUGUGUGGAGAGCAAAACUCGGGUUUUAUGGACAGAAAGAGCAAUAGAAAGUGACAGAAUUCGAGGAAUAGAAGAAAACGUGAAGGCUAUGUGUUUAACUACUAACAAUACACUUACUCGACAAUACAAUGAUGAUCAGGUUUUUCAAACCGCUGAAGUAGAACAGACAGACAGUAUGAAAGGACAUAAGAGCAGGGAUAUGGACAUGGUCAGUUUAAGUGAUGAUGAUGACGCUAAAUCUGAAAUAGAAAUCUGUGGCAGUUCAUGGUUUAGACAGAAACCUCCCAGUACAGUAGAACUUACUGUAGAGACCAACCAUACACAAGUGUUACCCAUUUUAUCAAACUUCGAGGCACCACCCAAUAAUGAGUUAUCUGCACUAGAUCAAAGUGGACUUGAAACAACAGAAGAUGAAAUUACUAUAAUUCAAGAAUCCCCCUUCAUGAAAAAAAAGGAAUCCAACUUAUUUUGGUUUGAAGAAGCAUUUGGAAAAGAAGAUAAUUCUCAAGAGCUUCAUAGCAGUACUACUAAUGGGUUAUCAAAAUAUCCUUUCAGCAAUCAAAUAGUUGCUAACACAUGUAAGAAUAAAGAUGCCCUUCCUGGAAUUAAUGACAGUAUGCUGUCUUCACAAUAUAAUAUACAAGACAGUUUCACAGAAAUUCCAAGUGAAGGAGCAGUAGCACAAUCUCCUUUAGCUGAAUAUAAUCAAAAAGAUCAAGCAUUUGGCAAAGCUACUGCCUCAGAAAGUAUCUGUUGGUCUCAGCAUACCUCAAGACACCCAUCAGAAGGUAAAGUAACAUACUUCAGUAUGUCACCUGAGAUCCGAAAUGUUGAUGUUUGGGAAGAUCUCUCUUAUGAGGAAAGUCUAAGGACUGUCCACUCAAAAAUUACAAGAGAUGAAAAAAAAUGUUCAAAUGCUGAGGCAGGUAAUUCCCAAGAAGAUAACAGCUCUCUGACUUUUGACCUGGGCGAGAGUGGGGAUAGCAGCUAUUUUCCAGUAGCCUUUGAAAGAAGUGACCAACUCAUGAUGGCAGAUGCUACUUCAAAUGCAUCUUCAUUUUCUUUUGCUGAAGUGGGCCAUGGUUCACUGGACACUGAUUCAUUAGAUGAAAAUAAAACGAGCCUUGAAUUCUUUGAAGUGGAAGGCAAUGAAGAGGUUAACUUAACCCCUGAAGAAGAGUCUUGUGGGCUUGAAAUGGAUUAUAUUAUUGUAUACAAUAAAGAAAAGAUGUCCUGUAGUGAGUUUGGUUCAGUAUUUAAACCUGAAAUGAAUAAAGAGAAUGAUUCACAACUAACAAACCCAGUGUUUAAUGAGCAUUUGCAAGGAACCUCCAGGAAAACACUAAUAGAAGUCAAUUCAGAGAGCCCUAACACAUUAGAAAAUUCAGAUCAUUCCUCUCAAGGAGACUGUAUCACAUCAUCUCACGAAGUCUUUGAAUGUUUAGUUCAGUCCAAUUCAAAUAAGGCAAAAGUACUUGGAGAAAAGCAAAUCUGCUUUUUAGGAAACAAAAAUGAAACCAUAGAUAGCUCACCUGAAGAAAACUCAAGCAUUACAAACACAGCAGGAUCUGAAUCAGGAGAUUCUGUUAAAGAAGUCUGCUAUGCAGAUAGUACUAUGCCAUCUCAGCACAAUACUGGUUUUGUUUUACAUGACAGUAGCAUAGUUGUGAGUCAAUCAUUUAUAGCGACAGAGAAGGGAAUUUCUAAUUCUAUUCAUUUAUCAACAAAAUUCCAUGAAGAUCACAACAAUUCCCAAGAAUAUGGAAGUACAUUGGAAGAUUUUCCACAAACCAAGCUCAUUAACUCUGGAAAAGAAGCUAGUUGUCUUCCAAAGAGCACAAAGCAUGAACACCUGAAGGAUAAGGUCUUUAGCAGAUCUGUACCAGAGAAUGUGGGAAUGGACAUUUCUUACGAAGAGGAUCUGCAAAGUCCCGAUGGUACUGACAACAGACUAGAUCCUCCUGACUCUCUGGAUGUAAAUGGAACACAUCCGCAAAGGAAGAAAUUAGCAGCUCCUGAAAUCAACUUAUCCUUGGAUCAGAGUGAGGGCUCCAUUUUGUCAGAUGAUAACCUUGAUACACCAGAUGAUCUCGACAUCAACGUUGAUGACUUAGACACCCCUGAUGAGGCUGAUUCAUUAGAAUAUACAGGUCAUGGCAAUGAGCUUGGGUGGGAAGACGUGGAGGCUACAAAUGUGGUUGAAACAAGGGAAGAUGCUGAGCCCAUCCCUGAAUACACAGCAGAGGAGGAACGGCAGGAUGCUAGAUUGUGGAGAACAGUAGUAAUUGGGGAGCAAGAGCAUAGAAUUGAUAUGAAAGCCAUUGAACCUUACCAGAAGGUCAUUUCACAUGGAGGAUACUACGGGGAUGGCCUCAAUGCGAUUAUUGUCUUUGCUGCAUGCUUCCUACCAGAAAGCAGCAGGACUGAUUAUCACUAUAUCAUGGAGAAUCUCUUUCUGUAUGUGAUUAGCACACUGGAGCUAAUGGUAGCUGAAGACUACAUGAUUGUCUACCUGAAUGGUGCAACUCCUCGCAGAAGGAUGCCUGGGCUGGGCUGGAUGAAAAAGUGUUACCAGAUGAUUGAUAGACGGUUAAGAAAGAACUUGAAAUCAUUUAUUAUUGUUCAUCCCUCCUGGUUCAUCAGAACGAUUCUGGCUAUUACCAGACCCUUUAUCAGCUCAAAGUUUAGCAGCAAAAUAAAGUAUGUCAAUAGCUUGGCUGAACUUGCGGGACUGAUCCCAAUGGAGUAUGUACACAUUCCGGACAGCAUAAUAAAGUUUGAAGAAGAAAGGGGUAUUAAAAGAUAUGAAUGUUUGAGACUGGAUGAAGAACUGACGGAAGCAGCUGAAACUUCUAAAGUUGAUAAAAACCCCAUGGAAAGCAAAGCUUGAACCUUCAAAGCCACUUUACAGAAAACAACAAAUCAGACGCUCUGGUGACCUCUAGCAGUGAUUAUUUUUUAUUUUUUUAAUAUUAUUUUGUUUAAUUGUACAAAUAUUUGUGUUCUAUCUCUUACUGUAAAUCAAAAUGCAUACUGUUCAAGCAGAGAUUUCUUUGUGCAAUGCAGUUGUAUUGUUAACUCUUUUCAUUUAGCAUUCGUGUUUUUAUUUUUACAAGUGUAAGACUGUAUUUAUAAGGAUACCUAUAGUCAGUAAAUACAGUAAUUCAAAAUAACCCAGCUAACACAACUUUAGCAUGUUAGUGCCAUGUAUAAAGGUGCAUUUCCUAUUCAUGUUCUCUUCCAUAUUGAGACUGGGGUGUUUUAGGAAUGUUUCAACUUUUCAAAUUGUACAAAUACAGUAUGUAAAGACGUGUAAUUUAUUUCGAUUUGUUCACAUUAGCAAGGGCAGAUAUUUUUUGUCUAAAUCCCUUAUUUGUACAUUUGCCAUUGAUUCUAAAUAUUCUAGUCAGUUUGUGGUCAUCUGGUAUGCUAGAAUUCAGCUAAUUCUGAAAGUACAAUGGCAGUAAUUUUAAUAAAGCAACACAUUCUUCAACAAUUAUAAGUAAGCACACAUAAAAUCUUUUUUCAUAAAGUGAACUGAGGAAAGAAAAAAACAAAAAUGUCUAUCACUCCAUGACUAUUUGUGUCAGGACAUCGGAUGUUAAAACCAAAAUGCCGUGCUUCAGUUCUCAUUAGGAUUUUUCUUUGAAUUUGAAAGAACAUCGGAAAUGCAGUCCAUUUUUUUGUUUGUCUGUUUUUCUGUUAAUAGCUGGAUUUUCGAUCCUGAAUAAAAGGUUAUUUCUGACCAUAUCAGAACUUAGUUAACUAAGCAAGUGUUACUUUCCUCCAUUUCUGAACCAGCUUAUCCUGGUCAUGGAUGUGGUCUAAUUCAGCAGAAUUCCGCUCUUUUUCAAUUAUAUCUCGUUUCUUUGAUUGUUGUUAUUAUUCUUACUUUAUCAUAGAUAGAAAGCUUAAAGUUUUCCACAUAAGCUGUAGGUCAGGGGUUUAUAUUGAAACAUGUGGCAAUUAAUCUGUGGAAAGCAGAUCAAAAUGUGGAUGUUUUUGUCAAAAGAAGCAUAAUAUGUAGCAUGAAAAUUCCAGUAUCCUCAAUUAUGAACUGGAUUGAUGCAAAAAUCUGCCAUGAUGAUGUAGCUCCAAUUUGGCCUCUGCUGUUUAGCUUGCAGACUGUUAUGUUGGAAAGCUUUAAAAAUAAAUCUAGCAAUAAAACAUUUAUUUACAAAAUGAAAAAUUUGUUUGAAAUAUAAUUUCCACUUUAUAUUGCAGGACAGUUUUCUCUCUUCAUGUUUGAUCUUCAGUAAUUGUCAAGACAACACAUACAGUACGUGUACUUGCUUGAUGAGAGUUUAUCAAUGUAUCGAGUUGUUGUACUCGUGUGUUUGUCAUCUUCCUCAAAUCCCAGCCUGUGUGCUUUCAAGUCCAUUUACCAACCUUAGUGUUAUGAGAGUGGAGAGGGGCAUGUGUAAGUAAGGUUUUGUUCUGUAAACGUCCCUUGUUAUGUUACUAAACAAGCAGCAUUGACUUGGGCUGGUGGAGUCACACACAAAAUUACUGAUUUUAGGACAGGAUGCUGCAUUUGAAGUUCUGAAAAUCUCUUUGCAAAUGUGUUGUAUAAUAUGCAAAACCCUAAUGUUUAAUGACACUAUUAAAAACUUUUAGCACA